UAGGCUCCUUGUCUAUGGAGUAAUAGGUCUGGGGUUCGACUUCCCGAGGCGGGUAAUAGGUUUUUCUAGGUGGAGAGCUCGAUUUUUUGGGUCUAAAGCUUGGGAAUUUUAACGGGAAACCUUUUUUCCAAGACCUUCAGACUACUUUCGGCUUGCUUCUGAGUCAGGAAACAUCUAUUUUGGGAUGAAACUAGAGGGUUAAUCAUGCCUUAAACUGCAGUAACCAGAGUGUAUAUCGGAAUAUAAUAUUCAGAAGGGAUUUGAAUGAUGGGGAUUUAUAACACAUGAUUCAUGUUAGUUUUCUAUAAGCUGAAUAAGAUUGGAUUUUCAACGGAUUUGUACAAAAUAGUAUAGAGCUUUAAGAAUUGGAGCGAAAUUUGAAAACUUCGAGAGAGUUUUUGUUAUGAUUUUAAAGUACUGACACUGAAAAGCAAAUAUUGGCGUUUGCUCACCCAAAACAAGUUCUUAUCAUUUUGUGCUCCUUCCCCAUCUUCAAGUAAUACCCAACUCUCAGUCAACAAAAAUGGUUGACUUGAAGCUCUGCUUCUACGGAAUUUCUCUUCUAAUCGGAUUUUUGCUCCACGUGGUCGGAACCGUCUCUAAUUCCAUUUUCAUAUACUACUUCAAGCCUGUAUGGGUCGAAAAGCAUCUGGCAAACUUUGGAAUCGAUCUUGGGGUACCUUACUGGUGGGGUCCCUCGGCCAAGGUAGCUGUCUACACAUGCCUCUUAUCGUCUAUUGGUCAAAAUCUAGUUGUCGUGGCGUAUAUCUUUCUGUUUUAUGAGUCGCAAAACCACCAAUAUUCUCGGAAGUUUAUAUAUUUGCUGAAAUUCAUCAAAUAUAUGUUGCUAGCUAGUACUCUGCUCUUAAUUGUUGGCCUAAACUUGCUCACAUUGUCGGCAAAGUGGGAUGAGGAGCAUGAGUUUGUUCGGUAUGGCUACUCAUUAUGGCUUCUAGUUGCAUCGAUUUGCAUUAGCCCCUUCAACAUUCUGGUUGUCAGACGCUUUGAGGAAUCGGCGGAGAUGAAGCAGAAGCUCACAAAGAUUUACCCAUUGACUUCAGAAAUUCCCAAUGAUUUUGUUGUUUUGAAGAGCGGUUAUUCAAAAAUGAGUGAUAUUUAAAUAAAUGUGAACAGAAUAAAGAUUUCGACCAACGAA